CUCUAUUUUUUGUUUUCGUUUUGAUGAUAAUGGCGUCAAUCUCUUCACCGCUGUGUCAAUUCCCGUGUAUGGCACUUCAAAGAACCUCUCAGAACUCCAAAAUGAUUGCUUCGUCUCGGAUAAAUUCUAUCAAUAUCUCUGGGAAAAACCCCGUGCAGAAGUUGAAGAGAAAUUAUGCAAUCACGGCGGUGCUUCCAGGUCUAGAGAAGGAUCCGAGAGAACCGGGAUUGGCUGUGAUAGUGGAGCCACCACUAAAGGAACCAACGGAAAUUGAGAAGCUGAAGAAAAAAUUGAUGGACUCAUUCAACGGGACAGAUAGAAGAUUGAGCGCCUGUAGUGAGACUAGGGCUGAAAUUGUUGAGCUAAUCACGCAGGUUGAGGCAAAAAAUCCAACUCCGGCUCUGAUGGAGGCGUUGACUUUGCUCAAUGGAAAAUGGAUUCUUGCUUAAGAUCUACCUUAAUUUUUCUUUAAUAUGAAGCUUUGCGUUCUUGUUUUUGUUUAAAAAAUGCUUAAUUUAUUAAAUUGUCUAAGAGUUACUUUCAACUUGCAAAUGAAUCAAACGUCAAAUACUCAACGU